CUCCGCAUUCUCUCCGAACACUUGCAAUUGAGUUCCAGCGAGCACUUAGACGCCCGCAGUCGGAUAGACUGUAAAGCAAAAGUUUAUAAUAUUACUAAAGCCUCCGAGGAGAGAAUUGAAUGGUUAUCAGUGGCUGAAAUGAUGACCAACCGCCGCUAGAUCAAAUAGAAGUCUUUAUAAGAACACAAUUUAGCCAAGGAGCGAACCUGGCCUGCACCGAACCUAGCAAACACCUUUUAUCGUCACACCAUCCUGCGAUUGCCCCAUAAUGUCGAACAAGCCCACCGCUCUUAUUACUGGUUGCUCAGAAGGCGGAGCCGGUCAUGCUCUCGCUCUAGAAUUCGCGGCUAAAGGCUACCGAGUCUUCGCUACCGCUCGAUCUACCAAGUCGCUUGCAAGUCUUCAAGAAAAAGGCAUUGAAACUCUCACCCUUGACGUGACCAAAUCGGAGAGUAUAGCCGCUCUUAAGGAUGAGAUCACCAAGCGAACGGGAGGAAAGUUGGAUAUUCUGUUUAACAAUGCUGGAAUGAUGUACGAGGCCCCGGCUAUAGAAGCCGACAGGGAGCAAGUCCAGAACAUGUUCAACACCAACGUCUUUGGACUCUUCGACAUGGUCCAGGCCUUCACUCCACUCCUCCUUGCAUCCGUCGCUGGGUCAAAUACAGCACCUACCAUUAUCAACACAGCGUCAAUUGUAGCACGCGUACCUUACUUCUUUUCCGCUCAGUACAAUGCCACCAAAGCAGCAGUAGCUUCUUACUCCGACACUCUACGACUUGAACUUGCUCCCCUAGGAAUAAAGGUCAUCACUUUAUACAUGGGCGUAGUAGCAACGAAGCUUAUAUCAACUGACAAAAAGCUCCUUUCUCCUGACAGUAUUUUCAUCGAUGCUGAGGAAGGUCUUCGUGAGAGGUCUAGACUUCAUCUGAAGGAUGGCACGAAACCCCAAGAGUUUGCACGGUUGGUGGUCAAAGAUGUGUUGAAGAAUAGAACGGCUCUUAGUAAGGGGGAGUAUAUAUGGCAGGGAGCUAAUGCGUAUGUUGUUUGGCUUCUUAAUGCGAUUGGAUGGAGAAAGAUCUUUGAUGGGAUUUCUGAGGGGGGAGUUGGGCUUACGAAGGAGGUGAAGAAGGCGAUUUACAAGAAGGCUCAAGGCAGUCUGCCAAAGGCUAGUUAGAUGGAGCUCGACCGUAGCGAUAGGUAAUCUAUAGUUCGUAAUAAUAAUGC